AACAACAACAGAGGCGGCGUGAACAGUGAGAGACUCUCACUGAGAGAGGAGCAAGGAAAGGAAGAACAGUUCAGAAAGUAAAGGAGAAAGAUGAACAAGAAGGAGAUCUUCAAGCUAGCAAAGGGUUUCAGGGGAAGAGCGAAGAACUGCAUAAGAAUCGCGAGGGAGAGAGUGGAGAAAGCUCUUCAGUACUCUUACAGAGACAGGCGCAACAAGAAGCGUGAGAUGAGAGGUCUCUGGAUCGAGCGUAUCAACGCCGGCUCUCGUCAGCACGGUGUGAACUACGGUAACUUUAUCCACGGACUGAUGAAGGAGAACAUCCAGCUGAAUCGUAAAGUCCUCUCUGAGCUGUCUAUGCAUGAGCCUUACAGCUUCAAAGCACUCGUGGACGUCUCCCGCAACUCAUUCCCUGGAAACAAGAACGUGGUCCAAGCCCCUCGGAAAGUAGACGUUUCUUCUAUCAAUGCCUAGUUAGGAUCAAGUUAGUUUCUAUCUCUCCCUUAUUGUUAACACUCUUUCAAACAGAACACAAUACCAUUCAGUUAUUUGUCUGAAUCAAAUUCAUGUGUAUGCAUGAUUACUAUUAAACUUCUGCAAUAUUGAAAAUUUGUGUUUCAUCUUUCUUA